AUCCGCCGCGAUUUCGACGUGCUUUAUGAGCCGCCACCCGGGGACAUUGCCCCAUCCAUGCCGCCCGCCAUCCUCAGCAAGACCAACAGCCUGCACAAUGAUUACGUCACAACCCCAACGCGACGAUCGGAAGGCGCGGGUACCAGCAAAGAUGAUUAUGAAGCGGUGACACCAAGGAGGCCGGCCUCAGCCAUCUAUCCAGCCCUCAAAACCCAGACUCCCGAAAAGCUAUCGAUCGACAGAAUACAUGACGACGAAUGUGAAGAGCGUAAAGUGACGAUCGAGAAAGACCACACGUGGCCAACCGGUGGCUUGCGGAAAUUGACACAGACUGUGGAGACGGACAAGACGGUCGGGUUAUUCCUUGCCGAAACACUGUCCGCGCUUCUGGAUGAGAGCCAGCUCGCUGAUGGAGUGCCGACGGAGGCAUAUGGAUUGAAGGAAUACGGGCUCGACGAAUUUCUCCCCGAGCAAGAGCUGAUCGGCCAGAAUAUUUUUGUCGGAAAGUGUCUGCUGAUGGACAAGGACGUCAAGUUGGAGAUUGGUCGAAAAAUCCCAGCCGAUCGUCUGCCAACCGAUGAGCGCCCGUAUACCUAUGCCGAUGUUCGGGCAAACAAACGAACACCAAAAAAGACAAUCAGGAUGAGUCUGGCAUCGCCGACGAUCUUGGAUAAGGAUGAUGUCGAGCAGAAGCUCGCCCAGUUGAAGGACAACAUGGAGGACUUUGACAGCAAGGCUGGAGAUGUUCACGCGUUGUCAG